GUGCCUAACCGCAAGUGAUAACGUGCGUGUGUGUGAAUCUAACCUACAACUUCACCCGAAAAUCAUAAUCAGCAGAAUGGCAUUCAAGUACGUCGUCCUGAUGGCACUGGUUGCCUGCGUAAGCGCCGGUGGACCGGCUGCCUACUCGAUUGCGGCUCCCAGUUUGGAUUACCACUCGGUCGGUUCCAGCCAGGAGCACACCGUCAAGGGACUGUACGGACAGAAUGUGCUAUCGCAGUACUCGAAGGCUGUCGAUUCCGCGCACUCGUCGGUGCGAGUGGCAAGCUCCCGGCUGAGCAAUGAUGGGCUAGCGUACGGUCCGCACUAUGCGCAUGCCGCUGCUUACCCCCAUGCUGCUCACUAUGCUGCCCCAGCUUAUCGUUACGGAGCUCCUGCCAUUGCCGCUCCGGCCGUCCAUUACGGUGGUGCAGCCCUGCACUACCCAGCCGCCGCCCCGGUUGUUAGGGCCGCCUACCCUGCCUACGGUCAUGCUGCUGCUUAUCCCGCUUACGGACAUGCCGCCGCCUACCCAGCUUAUGGACAUGCUGCUGCCUAUCCGGCCUACGGACACGGUCUAGCGUACAAAGCCCCAAUUGCCGCUGCCCACGUGGCCCACCCCGGAGCCGUGGUUUCGUUCUCCGGUCUCGGUGCUCAGUACGCGUGGUAAGCGCAGAUACCAUACCAUCAGCCAGGACUCCCCCGAAACCAAUUUCAAACGAAGAACCGCCACGCACUUCCGGAACACUCUCUUCGUCCAGCUGCCCUGCUCCGGAACACACACACGGAUACGACGAACUAAUACGAUAAGAGAUACUACGGUCACCUACAGUCAAGGGAAAAUGUGUACCUUUUGUGCAUAUGUUUUGUAGCUUUAAUUUUGCAGCUUUUGGAAUAACUGCGAGAACUGAGAUUAUCAUUCUAGUGAAAAAAGAUAAAGUAAAUGUAGCUUUUAUACUUUUCGGUUUUACAACCUUUGGAACCUUCGCUGGGCUACCCCCGAGCGGCGGAUCCACACUGUACAUACUUAUUAUCCCCGUGUAAAAUGUUCACUCAUCCGAGCGAGAGAGAGAACCCUCCAAAAGAAAGAAAGCAAUAAAAUUGUGAAUGAGAAAAACCACA